CCCUCCAGUACAGCAAGCAUGAGCUUUGAUAUUUUCUGAUCAGUGUAGUCAAAAUUGUCUUGCAAUUUGCCCUUUUUCUGAACUUUGGGGCCUUGUUAGGCCCAGAGAGGAAUGAAUGCUGCCAACAACGAAGCAUGCUGACUUAUCUCCGGGGUCUAGCGUACACGAAAGAGAAACAAACGUGGCGGAAAACGGCGGACCAAGGAAGAAGCGGCGACUGAGCAACAACGUCAGGAACGGAACGUGUAAGGCAAGCCCCGAUCCUCUGCAGAGUGAAUUGAAUUUUCACCCUCACAAGAAACAAAAGACAAUUCUUGUUCCGGGAGGCGUCGAAAACGCUGGUUCCUCGAUGGCUGAGCCGCAGAGAAAGGCGAAUUUUUCUGCUUACGGAAAUCACUUUCACGAACGCUCUCCCCUUGCAAACAAUUCUGCUAAGCCAGGCCAGGCCAAGAAGCUUGUGAUUAAGAACUUUAAAGCCAAGCCAAAUUUACCCGAGAACUUCAAGGAAGCAACGUGGCAGAAAUUAAAGGAGGCAGUGCAAGCAAUUCACAAGAAAACUUUUGUCAUUUACAGCUCGGAAGAACUUUAUAAAGCUGUUGAAAACAUGUGCUCACACAAAAUGGCUGCUACGUUGUAUGACUUGUUAAAGGCAGAGUGUGAAUCACAUGUGAAGUCAAGUCUUCAACAGUUUGUUUGUGAUUCAAUGGAUAGUGAGUUGUACCUGACAAAACUAAACCACUGUUGGGAAAACCACUGCAGGGAUAUGAUUAUGAUUAGAAGCAUUUUUCUGUAUCUGGAUAGAACAUAUGUUCUUCAGAACUCAACAAUAUUAUCCCUGUGGGAUAUGAGCCUGAAUUUAUUUCGCACAUACAUUAUGAGCAAUAAGACAGUUCAAGAAAGAACAGUGGAUGGCUUACUGCAGUUAAUAGAAAAUGAAAGACAUGGUGAGGCAGUGGACAGAACGUUACUUAAAAGCUUGUUGAGAAUGUUAGCUGACUUGCAGAUGUAUGAGGAUGCAUUUGAAACAAAGUUACUGAAGGCAACAGAAGUUCUUUACCAUGAGGAGGGAAACAGAUACAUGCAAGAGACAGAUGUACCAAAGUAUCUAGCUCAUGUGGACAGAAGACUCAAAGAAGAAAGUGACAGACUGCUUCACUAUUUAGAUCAAUCUACAAGAAAACCACUCAUUCCUUGUAUUGAAAAACAACUGCUAGGCCAACACUUGACCAGGAUUCUCCAAAAAGGUUUUGACAGCUUAAUGGCAAGUUACAGACUCAGUGAUCUAGCCCUAUUGUACCAGUUGUUCAGCAGAGUUAAAAGAGGACAAGAUGAAUUAUGCAAUGCUUUUAACGAAUACAUCAAGAAACAAGGAACUAGCAUUGUUCUUGAUCCUGAAAAAGAUAAAAGUAUGGUACAAGAUUUGCUGGAUUUCAAAGAGCAGCUGGAUAGCAUCAUAGAAGAUGCUUUUAUGAAGAGCGAGAAGUUUGUUAAUGCAAUGAAGGAUGCCUUUGAAGCAUUUAUCAACAAGAGACCAAACAAACCUGCAGAAUUAAUUGCAAAAUUUGUGGAUUCCAAGCUAAGAGCAGGAAACAAGGAAGCAACUGAAGAGGAACUUGAAAAACUUUUAGACAGAAUAAUGGUGCUCUUCAGAUUUAUCCAUGGUAAAGACGUGUUUGAAGCUUUCUACAAGAAAGAUCUCGCAAAGAGACUAUUGGUUGGCAAGAGUGCGUCAGUGGAUGCAGAAAAAUCAAUGCUUUCUAAACUGAAACAAGAAUGCGGUGCCGCAUUCACAAGCAAGCUUGAGGGCAUGUUCAAAGACAUGGAGCUUUCCAAGGAUGUGCUGGUUCACUUUAAACAGUAUCUGCAGCACCAGGACCUCCCAGGCAGUGUAGACAUGGUUGUCAGCAUUCUCACUAUGGGAUACUGGCCAACUUACACGCCAAUGGACGUGCAUUUGCCUUCAGAGAUGGUUGAAUACCAAGAGGCGUUCAAGAAGUUCUACAUUGGAAAACAUGGUGGAAGAAAGCUUCAGUGGCAGAACACGUUAGGACACUGUGUUGUCAAGGCUGAUUUUGGUCCCACAGCAGAUGAGAAGAAAGAACUUCAGGUGUCGUUGUUUCAAACCUUGGUGUUGUUGAUGUUUAAUACUGGGGAGAAUUUUAGUUUUGACGAAAUCAAGCAAGCUACAGGGAUAGAGGAAGGUGAACUGAGACGGACACUGCAAUCCCUUGCUUGUGGUAAAGCACGUGUUCUUGUCAAGAAACCCAAGGGCCGUGAUGUCGACGACGGCGACACGUUCUUCUUCAAUAGCGAGUUCAAGCACAAACUCUGUCGAAUCAAAAUUAAUCAAAUACAGCUCAAAGAGACGCAAGAGGAGAAUAUUAACACAACGGAGCGAGUGUUUCAGGAUCGACAAUACCAGAUUGAUGCAGCUAUUGUUCGCAUCAUGAAAACUCGUAAGACCCUCAGUCACACGCUCCUAGUGACGGAAUUAUACAACCAGCUUAAAUUCCCUGUGAAGCCUACGGACCUCAAAAAACGCAUUGAAAGUCUGAUAGAACGUGACUACAUGGAAAGGGAUAAGGAAUUCCCCAACCAGUACCACUACGUUGCGUGACACAGCAAACUAGCCCGUGGCUGCCUGUCGUUACAUCAGCAUUCUGCAGAUACCUGUCACGCUGUAGCAAGAUUUCUGUUGUUAUUACUGCAAAGCAGUCACGCUUUGCUCCAUGGAAACUUAAUCCCUGUGCCUGUUAGAGUUUGAAACUUUUUCUUGUUUUAUUGGCGUGACAUUCUUUCAGUGCGAAGUUCUGAUGUGGUGCUAUAUCAGUACGUCUAGCUUGUUCAUAUGUAGUGAACUCUGAAAGCGAAUUUUGGCCCUCUUCACCUGGUAAUAGCUGUGCGAGAAAGGCACGUAAAGCAUUCUCGUCCACGCGCGAGUCUUGCGCGUGUUAUGCGCACGUUCAGUACAACUGUCAAUUGUUUUCCCAGAAAAUUGGGUUCUCCUACAACAUACAGUUUUCUCCAGCGAGUGCAAGAAAGUCGCGAUACGGUAAGAACUCGAGGCAAGUGGCAACGUAUCAGUUGAGUUAUUUAUAGUUUCUUGAAGCGUGACCAUACAAAACUGGCUUGCUUAAAUAGAUUGUACAGGUGUGCAGGAAGUAAAAGUAACGCAACGUCGUCACGUAAGGUACUCCGUCCUAGAACUUUCUCUGUCACUGAGCCUGCAUUCAAAUAUUCUGUCGUACAGCCGAAGCAUUGGAGUCACGUGAACGUGCUGGUAGCGCCGAAUGGUGCUGUCUGUCUUGUAUCAGUAAAGAUGUUGCUUUUGUACAAAGGUAUAUAAAGUCUUAAUUUUCUGUGGAAAACAGAUAAUUUGUCAAAGGGGCCUGCGUAUUUUAAGUCGCGAUAGUGUAUAUUUUGUGACCUUUUGUCUUUUUUUUUGUUUUUGUUUUUGUUUUUGCUGGAUCAAACUGAUCGGAGUUCUUAACCACCCUGUUAAUAAAAUACAUGUUUUAGCUAUA